AUGUUAAUCAAAUACAAACUAUUGAUUUGACUUUUUGUUACUGACAUUUUUAAAACAGAGAAGAAAGAUGAAGUGGUGUAUUAUGACACUUUCGAAAGUAUGGAAGCCAUGCUUGAAAAAGAGGAUAUGGCAACAUCUGUGCAUCUGCAGAAAGAGGAGUUGCAGAAAUUGCAACAAAAAAUCCGCCAGCUGGAAGCAAGGCGUGGACGGAUUUCAGCCAAGAAAGCCUACCUCAGAAAUAAAAAGGAGAUCUGUAUCGCAAAGCAUAAUGAAAAGGUCCAGCAGCGUCACCAGGGCGAGGAGCAGUACAGAUUGCACCAUCCUGUUCAGCUAAAGAGAGAUCAACUACAAGAUGAAGAGGAAAGAAAGAGUUCCUGGGUUAGCCAAGAGCGACAGAAAACACUGGACAGACUUCGCACAUUUAAACAGCAGUACCCUGGGCAAGUAAUACUUAAAUCAACCAGACUAUGCCUGGCUCAUGCAAGAAGAAAAUGUGCAGGCAACUCGAUACCCCCUGUAGAUCGGCCUCUGUCUUUGCCAGCAACCAUCCAAACCCAAGAGAAGAGCGAGGAGGUGGAGCUGGAAAACACAGUCCAGCCUUUGCAAGCACAGGAGCCCAGAAGCUUAGAACAACUUGCAGACGUUUUGUUACCUCCCAAUGGCGUUACCUCCAAAACGUCCCAUGCUGGGACUUUUCUGUGCGCCGGCAGUGAGCUCCAAGCAGGGACUGUGACAGUAGUAUCCAUUCCUCCUCCGCCGCCUCUGCCACUUCCACCGCCACCCCCACCGCUGCCUUCCAAGGAAGAUGGCAGUAAACUCCCAGAGAAACCGGAGAGCCUCGCGAAGCGGCAGAGCGAGGAGAAGGGCGUGCAGCACUCUCCCGGCGGCCACGCUGCCCACCUGCUCGACAGCAGCCAGCUGAUCAGUGCCAAGAAGAAGCUGAAGAAGACGGGUGAUCUGGAGGGUUUGCAGAGGAGGAGAGUGAGUUCCCCGAUGGAUGAAGUAUUGGCUUCCUUGAAGCGUGGUAGCUUUCACUUGCGAAAAGUUGAACAGAGAAGUCUCCCUCCUUUUCCUGACGAAGAUGAUGAUAGCAAUAACAUCUUGGCACAGAUCAGGAAAGGCGUGAAACUGAAGAAAGUGCAGAAAGAUGUUUUGAGAGAAUCUUUUACAAUUCUGCCUGAUACUGACCCUCUGACAAGGAGCAUCCAUGAAGCAUUGCGACGAAUUAAAGAAGCAUCACCGGAAUCAGAGGAUGAAGAAGAGAGUUUGCCUUGCACAGACUGGGAAAAUUAACCUGUAAUUAACCUUAGUUUUUUUUUUUUUUAAUAUUUCUUCAACACUUUUUGUAUAACAAUAGCUGCUAAAGCUUCAGGUUAUGCGUUCUAGGAGACUUAGUAUGAAUGCAACUAAAUUAUCUCUGACCUCCAAACUGAUAAAAAGUGCAAAUAUGAACUUCGUAUCACUGACUUUUUAGAAGAAUUUAAGGUUUAUAGAAAGAAAGAAAACUUUUUCUUAGGCACCAUCUUAGCCUUUUUCUUUGUCUGAAUACUUUUGCUGAAUAUUAACAGAUCUGCUCCUGCAAAAAGCUCUAUUUAGUAAAUUGAAGGAACUAUUUGCAG